ACGCUGAAUGAAUUAUGCAGUAGUAAGCACCGUCAUCGUUACCACGGUCAUCUGUCACUGAACCACAUAUAUUUAAUUCGCUGCACCGUAACAGAGAUCGUGAGUCGACUACACUUUUGCGGCUGCUGCUGGCGUAGCAAACGGCUACAGUGUUAUGAAGGAUGACAACAUCUGGCCACUGAUUCAUUAGUGUUGCGUCCGACGUGUUCUGGGCGCAACAUUGCUCAUAUUUCUUUCUUCGCAUAACGCGCCUGUGUACGACUCGCACUAACGUAAUAUAUAACUGACUGAAGAACAGGUCUGCCUGUAUCUUCUACGUGCUCGUCAAAACUGCUGCUUUUCUUGCGUGUAGUGUGCACCGUUUUGCCAUGCAUCAGAACGUAUCACUAUUGGAAGCUCCUGUGAAGCAGUUGUGGGAGGAAGAAGUUUUCCCGAGAUGCCAGGGUGCUGUCGUUUUUCUCGACGAUGCUAUGGCGGAAGCGUUACACUGGAAUGGAGGAGCGAACAAGCUCUUCGAUGCUGGUGCCUUGGCCGUCAGGGAGUUCAGCUUUUUUGAGCAUGGAUCAGAAUCGGAACCAAAGGCCCUAUUCUUGGUGUCUACCCCAGUGACUGAGCAGACGUUGGCGACUCUUUCCGCAGUGGUGCGAGCAAGUGUGUUCAGUAAUGUUAGUGUUCUCACUUCAUGCCCACCGGCAGCACAACUUUUGGCAAGGUAUGGCACAACAGAAGGAUUGGACGGACCUCGCGCUUUUCUUGACAUCGAGGAACGACUUCUGGACUGGAUGGGAAAUGUGACUUUUACAGCAGAAAUUAUGUAUGUUCCAUUGUCCGUCGUGAACAUGACUCCAAAGUUCUUUCUUAUGCCACAGUUCCAUGACAUUUUCCCUCCAUUGCUAGGAAAUGCUAGCACAAGCCAAGCGGGCACAACCCUUGAAGGUGCAGGUUUCUCUAGAAGCUUGCAGAUAAGCCUGAAGUCACUGAUAGGAAAUCUGAACUCUAUAUUUGAAGUGGCCCAUAUUAGAGAAGAGACAUUUUCUCUUGGAUCAUUGUCUCGAAUUGUUGGAGAAGAGCUGUCCCGACUUUCAAGGGGUCAUAGGAAGUCUGCAGAGUCUAAGGUGUCCCUCUUACUUCUGGAUCGCACAUUAGACAUGGCUGGAUCACUUACUGCAUCUUGCGAGUCUUUGAUGGACAUUUUGGUUAGAGUGCUUCCUCCACUUCCUGGUCACAGUUUGGACGUGUGUGUCGACAUGCGCUGCAUCUCCUGUUCAUCUGAGCAGACCAUGCCAUCAGAAGGAGCAAUCUACCCUGGUUGUUUGGCUCAUGAGAACUCAAAGUUAGCACUUCAGCAUAUUGUCAACUGCAAGCAGAAGGAAUGCAUGAUGGAACUGAAUCGACUUAUUGUGGAGGCAGCCCUCAAACAAGGUGUGCGCUUGGAUGUCACUGGUCGUCUAACAGCAGAACAACUCAGGAAAAGAAUUAUUCAAUUCAGAAAAGAUGGUGGGGAUGCUGUUAUUGACAUGGGCCUGGUGCAGCAGAUAUUGGGGGUCGCUCAGGCAGCACUGGGGGAGAGGUAUUCGAAGCUGGAGGACCUCCUUAGCACAGAGAAGGUAAUUGUGCAAAAUGUGAGUGUCUCCACAGAAGCUGCUUCACGAAGCUUGGUUCAGCUCCUUCGGUCGAGAAACACAACAGGAUUACAAUUAGAAGAUAUCAUGGCUCUUAUGGCACUUUUGUAUUCUUUAUUUGGAGAAAAAACACUUGGAAUUGGAAGUGACAAGCGGACACUGAAGGCUGAAAUCGUAGCAGCAGUAUAUCAAGCAGCAGCAGAAAAAAACUUGCCCGAGUUUUUUAAACAUUUUGUUUCAGAUGAGCAGGAGACGCUAGAUGAGAACACCGUGAUUCAGAAGGUUGAUGAAAUAUUCAGAGCAGUGGAAGCUCUCAGAAUUGCCAGACAUCAACUUAGAAAGUACAGGACCAUUCUCGAAGAAGGGAACCUGAUGCAGCCAGCAGUGUACAAGCCGUUGCUGAAGCAGCUGCUGCAAGACAUUUUUGACCCCAACAUGUCAGAGGCACUGCAGCUCAACUACCACUCUGGGGGGCUCAGUGAUAUGUUAAAAGCAGGAUUUGGACUUUUCAGAAGCACAAGCAAGCCACUGCCAAAGGAUAGUCCAGUGCUUAUUGUCUUCAUUAUUGGUGGCGUUACGGCUUCUGAAGUAAAGCUUGUGAAUGAUAUCACAUCGUCAAGAAAAUUGCCACAGCAGGUCAUCGUUGGAAGCACAACAUUAGCCAAACCACACCAACAGCUCGGCCUCCUCGUUAGACAUUCCACAUGAAAGCUGCAAUUGUAUGAAAUGAAUGAAUGCAAUAAACGAGAACAUUUGUA